AUUCUUAUGUCAGGAGAAUGCACGGUUACACAUUCACUGACAUUUCAACCAGCAGCUCAGCAGGACUGUUCACUGAAAACCACGAACGCUGGAUUCUUCUUGAUCAGAGGGAGAAGUCACAGAGUGUGACGCUGCAGACGCUUAAGCCAUGAGGUCACAUCCAGCCCUGGUGUUCGCCCUGCUGUUUUCAGCUACUCUGUUCUCCAGUUGUGAUGGUGGGAAAGUGCUGGUUUUCCCUAUAGAUGGAAGUCACUGGCUUAACAUGAAAAUCCUGGUGGAGGCGCUUCAUUCUCAGGGCCAUCAAAUAACAGUACUGCGCACCUCUACCAGUUGGUAUGUUUCAGAAUUCUCACCCCAUUACACCUCCAUCACCAUCCCCCAGGAACAGUCCCAGAACUUGGAAAGCCAGGAGUUUAUGACCUCUUUCUUAAAGAGGUCAAUAGAAAUCCGUCGGCAUAAAGACACACUGUGGGCAUAUCUGGAGUUUUAUAGGAAUCUUUUCAACAUGAUAGGGGAGAACCAGCACACUGUGGCAAAACUGGUCGUCAGCAUCUUUGAGAAUAAGACACUGAUUAAGGAGCUACGGGAAACUGGAUAUGAUCUUCUCUUGACUGACCCUGCAUUUCCGGGGGGAGUGCUGGUGGCACAUUAUCUCCAGCUUCCCAUGGUUUUCAAUGUGCGCUGGCUUUUAAACGGGGAGGCCCACUUUGCCAUCGCUCCGUCUCCUCUGUCCUACGUCCCCCAGUUGUUCUCUGACUUCUCUGACAAGAUGAACUUUUUCCAAAGAGUCAAUAAUGUAAUCCGUCAUUACAUACUGGUUUACAUGUAUUACUAUGUCUCAAAUCCGCCUUACCAGGCUGUGUGUGAUCAUUAUUUUGGACCUGAUGUCAGCAGCAUGUCUCUCAUACAGGGAGCUGAACUUUGGCUAAUGCGGAUUGACUUUACAUUUGAGUUCCCUCGCCCCACCAUGCCCAAUGUCGUCUACAUCGGAGGCUUUCAGGGUAAGCCUUCCAAGCCUCUUCCAUCAGAUUUAGAGGAUUUUGUGCAGAGUUCUGGAGAACAUGGGGUGGUCAUCAUGACUCUGGGGACCCUGCUGAGUGACCUCGGCCCUGAGAUAUCGGAGAUCAUUGCUUCAGCAUUUGCUAACCUCCCUCAUAAGGUCAUAUGGAGGCACAAGGGGAAAAGACCUGUCACUCUGGGAAACAACACCAUGCUGGUUGAAUGGCUGCCUCAAAACGAUCUACUCGGUCACCCUAAAACCAAGGUUUUUGUCACACAUGGGGGUACUAACGGAAUUUACGAAGCCAUCUACCAUGGUGUCCCAGUUCUGGGCAUUCCUCUCAUCUUUGACCAGUUCGACAACAUAGUGCGUCUGAAGUCCCGGGGAGUAGCUGAGUUUGUUGAAGUGACCACCUUGGAUGUUGAGUCUCUGACAAGUGCUCUUAAGAAUAUUCUCGACCCAGAAAAGCCAUACAAACAGAACAUGCUCAAACUGUCACAGCUCCAUCGAGACAAACCAAUGAAACCCCUUGAUAGUGCCAUUUUCUGGAUUGAGUACGUCAUGAGGCACAAGGGCGCAGCACAUCUGCGCACUGAGUCGUAUAAGUUGCCAUGGUAUGCCUAUCACUGUCUCGAUGUGAUGGCAGUCUUUGUAGCAUUUGGUUUGCUUAUCAUCACAUUAGUUUGGGUUUCCUGUAGGUGUCUCAUUAGAUGUCUGAUAAGAAACAAAAAGUCCACAUCCAAAACAAAGAAUGAAUAGAUGACCAAUUAAUGAUGCAAGCUGAAGGCUGUUGAUGAGAUCUGUAAUUUAUAGUGGUACAGAAAAAAAGGAAUGAUAACAGGAAUCACAUACAGAAACUACAUGAUUAUAUUAGUGGGAAAGUGUUCGAAAUUCUAUAAUAGCUUUAAAUGUUUGAAUUACUAGCACUAUUUUCUGCUGAACUGCCUUUUUGCAAAAAACAACCAAUUAGCAGGAAUGGUUUUACGAUCUUUGCAAAUUUCCUACACUGUAUGGUGAUUAAAGAGAAUCAUAAAUUA